AUGGGUCUGGACUCAACAUGGCUCUUCCGAGAACACUGUGAAUACGCAGCGGCAAAGGCCCUUAAUAUGGGUAGGGCACUUAGUCAAAUCAUGCCAAACUUAAGAGGCCCAAGUGAGUCUAAACGAAGGCUCUACUAUAGCGUUAUCCUUUCGGUCCUGCUGUAUGCAUCACCCAGCUGGAGUGACUCGUUUAGGAGGAACAAGAAGUUACAGUCUUUAAUGAAAAAUGCUCAGAAAACAGUGGCGCUGCGGGUGGCGGCGGCUUAUAGAACAACUUCUCUUGAUGCUGCCACAUUGCUGGUCAGAGUUCCACCACUCGACAUUUUAAUUGCGGAUCGAGAUCGAAUGUAUGAGGCCGGUAGGACGGCUCGUGCAGCCGGUAUAUGGACAAAGAGAGCCGCGGAGGAGGCUAAGGCAUCGAGCCUCGUCAGGAUGAGAGAGGAGUGGAAGGCCCGCCUGGAGAAAUUCAGCACUCCUGGCGCGAGGACCAGACUCGCAAUUCUUCCCUCAUUUGACUUAUGGAUGGAUCGCUCCCAUGGCCAGGUUACGUUCAGAGUAACGCAGCUGUUAACUGGUCAUGGGUGCUUUGGAGCCUACUUAAGGCGGAUCGGUAAGGCCGAGUCUGCGGUUUGUCCUUAUUGCAGUUUGGAAGAGGGGGAGACAAGUCAGAUAGAUACCGUGGAACACACGGUUGCGGAGUGUCCUGCAUGGCUCUGUAAACGAACCGAGCUGUCCGCUUCCAUCGGUGCGGACCUUUCGUUGGCCAAUAUAAUUAGGCAAAUAGAUCGGAGUCGGGAGAAAUGGGCAGCUUUCUCCUUAUUCGCGGAGAGAGUCAUGUCAACCAAAGAAGAAGCAGAGCGCCAACGACAGCGGGUGCAGCAGGAGGUGGCGGACAUAGUGGACGACGCGGGAUCGAGACCGGGACCGUCCACGAUGAGAGAUGUGGACUCGGAUAGCUAG